AUGCAACCAUCCGCUAUGGACUCCAGGCUUGCCGAUGAAGUCCUGCUUCGCAUCCUCAGCUUCCUCGACGCAGCAGACCUCGUUCGACUGCAGCUCGUCAAUACGCAUAUUUGCCGAUUGGCCAAAGACCCUCAGCUGUGGAAACGCCUCUUCUACUUCAACUUUGUGCGGCCCAACAAAGGCACCUCUGAUCAGCAUGCAAGCUCGCGCACCCUCCCUACGCUUCGAGAGCUCAGAUCUUUGCUCUUGCAUCAGAACCUUCUGUCGGGCAAGCACAUCACUGGCGACGGAGCCGGACCCAUACAUCGCUUGCCUAGCCGUUACUACAGCACAUCGCCACGUUCCAGUGCCACAAUCGCGCCGGAGAAAGCGGCUGAUGAUGCUAUCUUCUCACUCUUCCAUCGAGGACUGCGGUCCACAGAGGCCUCGGCUAGAGACCAUCUGAUUGACUGGGAACAGAUCUUUCGUGUUUCGACAAACUGGCAACACGGCAACUUUGCCGUCUCGGAGCUGGUCACACCCACAACAAGGGCCAGGCUCGCGCCACGACAUCUUCCAUCAUUGGCGUCUCAUGGUACUAUCGUCAGAGUAUCCCAUGAGUUCACCCUGACAGCAACUACCGCCGACGUCGAGGAUGCUUCGACCUCCCCCAGCGUGUCUGUCUACCCUUCGGAGCCAUCUACCUCCUCGGCCGACCAGCUCGGACAAACCACCAGCUAUAUACCCACCGAUCUGCAGGACAGAAGGCCAAUCCUGCGAUUCUCUUCGCAAAGGCUUCGCAGGCUUCUCGAAAUACAAUCAUCCGAUCAGGAUCCAAAGCAGGUUCUCAUUACCGAGAUCGCAAUCGAUGCUGACGCUGGCAUGGGUACUCCGUCGGCCGAUGCAUUAGAAUCUCGAAAGCGCAAGGUCGAUGGAACAAAAGAUAUUGUAUCAGGUUCCGUUGCCAGAGUUCUGAUCGCCUAUUCGACCGGACACUUCAGCAUCUUUUCACUUCGCACCACAAACGGCAUCACCAAGUGCUCUGAAGACGUCUUCGACAGCUCAGAGACAACCGCUUCUGACAGUCAUGUCACCAUGGCCGCUCUGCACUCCCACGCGCUCGUCCUGUGCUCUUCCGAUUUUCAACUCGCCUUUUACCGGAUCAGAACAAAUCCGACCACGCGGAUUGAUCUGAUUCACCGUGUGUCGAGCUAUCGUUGCUCGUGGCCCGCAUCUUUGCGUCUCAAGAAGCUCCCUUAUCACGACAUGUCUAAAAGUAUUCGAGGACCCUCAUCGUCUUUGACCGCUGACCGUCACUGGAGAGAAGAAUGCAUCGAAGAACAAGCAUUUCGAGUCACUUUCGCUUACUCGACACCAAGCUAUCCUGCAUCCUGGAGUGUCUCUGUUCUGGAGGUCGUGGUGCGGCUCAACCUCGACGCAGCAUCGCCGUCGGCAGUUCGAGUCACAAGUCGACACGCUACAGCAAAACACCCUUUUCGUCCGACUCCGAUCGACCCGAGGGGUCGUUCUAUGCUCGGCAGGCAUCAAAGCUCACCCCUGCGCACAUCGCACGAAUCUCUGGGGCAGCCUCCAGUAUUGGCAUCAAGGGUAGCUACGACGAGUAGCAGGUCUACGAGCUUAACCUAUGAUGAUCCGUUUGUUGUCCUUGGAGCAAGCGAUAAUCUAAUCGAGGUCUACGAGCUGCUGGGUGCCACCACCUUUGUACGACGCACUCCCAGAGAUUCGCACACACCGGCACCUACUUCUCGCUCGGCGACAGCCACUCCCGCUUCGCCAACUCAAGGUCUUCGUCUCGUGCAUCGUCGCAGCUUACACGGACAUACUGGCAGCGUCGACAGCGUCGCGCUUGAAGAUGGACGGUGUGUUAGUGGCGGGGCGGAUGGCAGCGUGAUGGUUUGGAGCUUGGGCGAUCGUGCCAACGAGACCGACUCAGUUGCCAGUGUCAUGCGCCAUGUUCGAGCCAGCGCCCGCGGCUCAGAGAGGAGAGACGGUACCAAUGGUAUAGGGUCAAAAUCGACCAGCUCCACGAUUUUGGAUCAAGAAGAGGGCGAUGAAGCUGCUACACACAUGGCGCACGUGUUGACUCUACGCUCAUCAAUGGAGCCGGAGUUGUCAGAAUCAGAGCUGCGGGACCCGAACGACAAACACUCGGGUUAUAACCAAGCCCGCGAUGCUCGUCCUCUUGGCCCGUCGCUCGGCCAGAUGGUUCGAAGCCGGGUCUUGGACCGUCAAACUCGAGGGGUGAUCCGCUGGGUAUCGACGGCGUUUGACAAGAUCGUCAGCAUUGUAGCCUACACAGAUGCAAUGUCCGGCCUGAUCGCCGCUGGUAAUUCUUCUACCGAAGCGCAACAGCCCCGUGAAAGGGUGCAGGUUUGGAGCUUCGGCUGA